UAAAUAAAUCUUUUCCAUCAAUAAUCGUUCGAUAAAAUCUGCGAUAGUAAAAUAUUUUCAAUUCAGGAUAGAAAUAUAAAACCGGUGGCCAAAGCAUAUGCGGAGUAUGAGGUGAAUUUUUGAGAAUUAACGAUGGCAACCUCAGCUGUUGUUUUGAUCCUGUUUUCGGUGUACUUAUGUGUUAGUGGAUCUUUUGGAGAUGGCAUCGAAAUUGCUUUCAAAGAACAACUCAAAAAAAUGAAUAUUUCGGACGGUGCUAUGGGAAAGUGUGGCUUAGACUUGAGUCAAAUGCUUGAAGAGUUGGAAGGUUUGAAACUUUCUUGGGCUUGGAAAAUGUUGGAUGCAACUUCGAAACUUAGAUCAGGGAUUGGAUUACUGAGCGAUGAUAUAGGCCAAUUUGAUCAGUGCGUUGGGUCCUCUAAUGAUGAUGGUACAAUAACUGGAAAAUAUUGCCUUGGGUCUAUUUCCUUCGCAGCAGCUGAUAGACAAUUUGAUCGUUUGCACGAUAUGAAGCAAAUAAUGAGGAAGCAUGCGGCUGCAUUAACAAGCUCAGCCGCAGGUCAUCCAAUAACAUGGGCUGCUUGCCUCCCUAGUUCGUGUAGUUCUGACUCUUUCGAAUUAGUGUACAAUUCAAUUCUGCGAGUGAUUUCAACACAUUUGGAUGUAACGUUCACAGAAGAGAAAUGUUAUACAAUGGAUGACGACACAAAGUUAUCCACUGGGGCCAUAAUAACGAUUAUAAUCUUCUUUUUGAUAUUUCUCGUUAUGCUACUGUCAACAUGCUAUGAUCUCUACUGCCAAUAUUUUCAUGCAGAACCAAAUCAGUUAUUUUUGGCAUUUUCCAUGUACACGAAUUCGGGAAAACUGUUCUCAAUCAGCAAGAAUAACAACCAGUUGGAAUGUUUGAAUGGCUUGAAAUUCUACAGUAUGUUAUGGGUUCUGGUGGGACACACGUAUUCUCUUGGAUUAGGUGCUCCUUUAUACAAUUAUUUGGAUAUAAUGACAUGGGCAGACAAACUACACAGUAUGCUUAUAAUAAGUGGCACAUUGUCUGUGGAUACAUUUUUUGUUGUUGGAGGAGCUUUAGUGACCUACGUAUACAUGCAAUCGAUGGAGAAAGGAAAAAAAUUCAAUUUGAUCAUAUACUAUCUACACAGAUAUAUCAGAUUAACCCCUGCUUUGGGGGCCUUUGCUCUAGUGGUAGCAACACUUUAUCCUUACCUUGGAAGUGGUCCAAAUUGGUCGAAUGUUCAUAGAGAUCAAAAAAUGUGCCAAGAUGUUUGGUGGGCCACGAUUUUUUAUUUUCAAAACUAUCUUGAUCGAAAUGAAUUGUGUGCAGGACACAGUUGGUAUUUAGCUGUGGAUAUGCAGCUAUAUAUACUGUCACCUCUAAUUUUUUACUUUUUGAAAAGAUUUCCCAAGCAAACUAUUAUUGGAAUAACAGCUGUGAUUAUUGGAAUCUGUGGAUCGAAUUUUGGUUUGGCAUGGAGCAAUCAUUAUCUUGCUUUAUUGAGCAAUAUAUAUGGGGACUCUACCGCUUUUCUCACACAGUUUUAUGUGAAGACCCAUACCAGAGCGAAUACUUGGCUAACAGGUGUUCUUGUUGGUUACGUCAUACACCAAAUAAAGCUGAAGAAGUGGAAUUUACGCCUGAACAAGAUUCUAGUUUUCGUAACAUGGAUAUUUUGUUUGGCAUCGUUACUCGUCUGUAUCUUCAUUGGACACGAUUCUCUGAGAACUCCAGAAUAUCAACAAUGGGGCAACAGCCUUCAUAUUGCACUUAUAAGGCAAUAUUGGGCCAUAGGAAUAUGUUGGAUUAUCCUAGUUUGCAUCUCAGGAUAUGGAGGCCCAAUUAACUGGUUUCUGUCAUUGCCAAUCUAUCAAGUGUUCAAUAGGUUCGCAUACAGUAUCUACAUAGUACAUUACAUGGUUAUCACAUUAUGGUUCGCUUCAACAAAGAGUCCAAUUUAUUUCAGUGAUUUGAUGAUGGGCUACUUUUUCUGGGGCAAUCUGUGUUUCACUUGUAUUAUAUCUUACUUCUGGGUAUUGGCUUUCGAGUCCCCAGUGAUAAUUCUGGAAAAAAUCUUAUUGAAAAAGUUGCACCUUAUGUGACAUUUAUAAGGAUAUCAUUCGAUUAAACCAGAUGAAAUUGAAGUAAUAUUUCCAUGUAAGACAAUUCAGGACCGGCAUUGGCAAUAUUAGUGAUGAUGAAAUUCUACUUGGUGCCUUAUUGGAAUAAAACAUCAAUAAACUAA